AUGGACUAUGAGACUCAAUACUGCUUUCCUGGCAUCAACUCAUCAUGUAUCAAGGGAAUGCGCUCUAGAUAUGAAUACUAUAUUAUUUAUGUGUGUUUUUCAUUACUGUCAGCAUGGACCGUGUUUAUGAACAUGCUGGUGAUAAUCUCCAUCUCUCACUUCAAGAAGCUUCACACUCCAACAAACCUGAUUAUUCUCUCUUUGGCUGUGGCCGACCUGCUUAUUGGACUUAUUGUGAUACCCAUAGAGGGCAUUAGACUGACUGAGAAGUGUUGGUACUUUGGAGACACUUUCUGUGUACUGUUUACUAUAAUCUUUGGAUUGGUCUUCUCAGCAUCUUUCACUAAUUUAAUUUUAAUUGCUGGUGAUCGUUAUGUGGCUGUGUGUCACCCUUUACAGUACCCACAGAAAAUAACCACAACUAAAACUGUAAUAACCAUCUGUCUGAGCUGGGGUUGUUGUUUAACUUAUAAUGUUACAGUUGUAAUUUAUAAUGGAUAUUCAAACAUGUGUUAUGGAGAGUGUUAUGUUACGUUUGGAUUUGCCUCCUUAGUCACUGAUAUGGUCAUGUCUUUUAUUUUUCCAUGUACCCUACUCAUAACUUUAUAUUUGAGGAUAUUUUAUGUAGUACAUCAGCAAGUGAAAGUUAUAAACUCUCUGAUGACGGGUGGUAAAAGUUUAACGGAAGGUGUAUUGAGGAGGAAAUCUGAGAGUAAAGCUGCUCUAACAUUAGGAAUCAUUGUGAUAGUUUAUCUGCUUUGCUUUGUUCCGUUCUUUAUAUGUUCUGUAUCUGUAAACUCUGACAUAAUCCUAACUGUUUUCGCAUGGGUUGUGUACUCAAACUCAGGUCUGAAUCCUCUGGUAUAA